UAGGUAGGGGAAUCAAUGACACAGGAAAACCACUUGGCAAUGAAAAGCUCGGGGCACCUGUUCAAUGAGUGGGAGAUCCGGCUAUUGGUGCUUCUUAGCUUCACAAUGCAGCUUUUUCUUUUCUUUGUUGGUGGCCUCCGGCGGCGUAUCACUAACAGCGCCCUCAGAUUUUCAAUCUGGCUAGCUUAUGUGGGAGCAGACAUGGUAGCUGUUUAUGUCCUAGGCCUCAUCUCUCGCGUGCACCUGGAUGCCACCACGGAAAAUCAUCAUCACCUGGCUUUUCUUUGGGCACCCUUCCUCCUCAUACAUCUCGGCGGACAAGAUACCGUCACUGCUUUCGCCAUUGAGGACAUCAGCCUCUGGCUGAGGCACUUGUUGAACCUUGUUGUCCAAGUCUCCCUCACCCUGUACAUCUUUUGGAAAUCGACCAAUGGUCUGAAUAUACAGGAGCUUCUUCUUCCAACCAUCCUCCUGUUUGUUUCGGGAAUGAUCAAGUAUGGGGAGAGGACAUGGGCUUUGUGUUGUGGCAGCCUCAUAAACAUCGCAGAGUUCCCUAUCCCACAAUAUCUGACAGAUUUAGACAAGAUCCAUGUGGGUUCUACUUCUUCCUAUUCUGGCCUUGUUUCCAAGGCUUUGUUUUCCAUAAAAGAGGUCCGUUGGAUUUUUUCUAGUUACAGUCCUUUGGGAACAGAUCUCAGCAUGAAUUCAGAUCUACUACUUCCAGACUAUGCAGGCAAGUUAUUUGAGACCAUGGAGAUUGAACUCGGGCUGAUGUUCGACGACAUCUAUACCAAGGCGCAGGUGCUUCGAACAUGGGGUGGCAUCAUACUUCGGUGUCUCUCAGAUAUUUCCUUCUUAGCUGCUUUUGUGCUCUUCUCUGUAAGAAACAAGGAGAGAUACAAUACCGUUGACACUGCAAUCACCUAUGUACUGUUUAUCGGCGGUUUCUCUCUGGAGUUUUUUGCGGUAUUUACCGCCAUGGUGUCACCAUGGAUUUGGGCAUGGCUAAAGACGCGGCACUGCAGCUUCCUUUCCUCCAUCAGCAUUAGCUGGCAGAGGAAAAGGGUGCUGUGGUCAAAAUCCAUGGGUCAGUACAGCCUGUUGAACUACCUGGGACAGUGCGACCAGCAGUCAAGUAAAGUGAUGGCGGUGGUCAGAAGAUUGGUGAAUGCAGUAUGCGGGCGAAAGCAGAAGCUCUGGGUCAGUAAGCUGUUGGACACCAAGUUCGUGGGGGUCGACGAGAAGGUCAUGAGAUGCAUUGUGGAGAGGAUUAAGCAGUAUCAGUCUACAGAUGAAUCAAGCAUGCUCCCACAAUGGCCAAAUCUUGCUCCACUGCUUCAAAGGUCACUGCGGGUUCCCGAGGCGGAUUUUCAUUUCCCCGUUCUCGUCCUCCAUAUAUACACGGAGGUAAUGCUGAGCAGGUAUGCUCCCACCGCUACUGUGGACGGUGGUUUGGACCGCGUGUGCCGGACGAUAUCCAACUACAUGGUUUACCUUUGUGCCACGCACCAUGAAAUGCUGUCGGUCCAAAACAGUUCCAACCAAAGUGACCUAGCAUACAUCCUUCACAGAUUGUUUAGCGUGGGAACUAAUACUGACAUCACUAACAUCAUGCCUAAGGCGGUUGGGUUCUUGAUCGAUUGCCGUUUUCCGGUGCCCCCGAAGGUGUGUACAGAAGCACAUCUGUUGGAAAUCCGAGAUGCAUGGGUAGGGUUCCUCCUCCAUGCCGCCAGCAAGUCACGGCCGGAGAUGCAUGCGGCGCAGCUGGCCAGAGGAGGGGAGUUCCUCACCUUCGUUUGGCUGCUCAUGGCCCACUGCAAUCUCGGGAACUCUAGGGGCUGCCCAAUCGGGUUGCUACCUAUAAGUGGUGAUGUUCAGUGGCGCUGUGUCUUCCAUAUUCGCCCUCCACCACAAUCCUCAUAGGUGCUGCACAGGCCUUUGUACGGGUUUCGACCACAGCACGCCUUUGCGUUCUCAUCGAUCGGCAUAAGUCGGGAUUCAUCCUCAUUGCGCUUGUGCGCUGCUCAAAUAAUGUGCUUCCACCCGUAGUUCUUCUUUUCCUAUCCUUGUCUCUUUUAACUUGCAAUGUAAUUCAGAGCAUCACUGUUUAUUUAUUCUAUUUGUUCAUAGCCGUUAAUCCAUCUGAUGGUAUCCUGCUGUCCACCUGUGGAACCAUGGCUGUGUCAUGUGCAGUGCAGUGGUAAACUCAGGCAAGUGGCUUGAAUAUCAUGUGACGCAUCCUAGAAUACAUGAGCUCUGUUAUUAAUAACAGGGUUUAGCCUAAGAAUGUGCAACAUAUAUACAUUUCCUCUUGCUAUUUGCACAAGAAUUGCCACUGCUCACUAGAGAUGCAUUCAUUUAGCGGAAUUUGAAGAACAUACUGUAACAAGUUGUUAAGAAGAUGCAGAAGUGAAACAACUGAGGAUGAGAUAUUGUACGGCCGCGC